UGGGUACCAAUGAGCUUCUAUUGGCAACAAGGCCUACCAAAUCAACAAGACACUGGCCAACAAUCACAGCAACCAGCACAACAAGGACAAUGGGAUUUCAUAAACCUGGGAGGAGCACCGGCGCCACAACAUCAGUGGAAUCCAGCUACUCAGCAACAAAAUAAUUAUUACUAUCACCAACAACCAGCAGCCCCACCGCAGCAGCAUACUAACCCUCAACAACCUCCACAGCAACAAUACAACGUUCCCACUAACAGCCACCAGACUGCAGAGCAGAACUAUCAACAGCAAUGGGCACAGCAACAAUAUCAAAACCAGGCUCAACCUCAGCCACCUCAACAGCCUUCUCUUUCAAGCCAGCAAAUCCAACAUCAGCCACAGUUGCCGAAAGCAAAAAAGGCACCAAAAGUUCAAACCAACACGCAACAACAAGUGCAACAGAAUUUCAAUCCAACACCUCCAGUCUUAACAACUUCCCAGAAACCUGGAAAUACACAACAGGAUUACUACUAUUCCCAGCAGCAGCACACACAACAAAAUGUCUACCAAACAAAUCAUGUUCAUCCCGAAGAAACUCAAGUAGUCGCUCAAGCGCUCCAACCGACAGCUGAAUCGACCUACUUUCCACCACCACCUGUCCAGCAAGUUGGGUCGGCGCCACCAUCGAAGGAAGUAACCCCUGAACGGCACUUUACGGCAGCAGCACCCGCGCCACAUGUGGAGCAAGUGGCUCUAGUACCCACUCCUCCAACACUAGCCCCUAAAAGUCAGGCUCCAAAUACAGCGAAAAAAGCGGAGCAUUUGACAGUUACUGCCCCAAUUGCUGCGGAAACGCCAAAAACGAAAGUAACCCCAACUUCAUCAGAAGACGACUGGGAAAAGGCUGACAUGGAAGUUCAACGCGUGGAAGAUGAGAACAAACGUCAAAAGGCAGUGCCAUCUACUGCGGUUUCGGAAAAGCCAGAAGAAUCGCGAGAAUCUUCGUCCCUUGGCGGAUCAUGGUCUCAGCAGGAUACCGAACCUUCAGAGCGAAGUUCUGUCGAGCCUGAAAUCUUGGAGCACCCAGUGAAAUCUGAAUCAGAUAAAGAAGAAAAAACUCCCAGAGUUUCAAUGUCUGAGUUUCCGAAUCACGAAACUACUCCAACGAUAGUGACCAUGUCUGUGUCUACUAAUGAAGAUCGGCAGAAAACUCCAGAAGCUGGAAACCUGAGUCAGAACACCUCAAUUGUUCUGAAUACAACUGAUAGCCCUCUUGAAGCAAUUGCCACUAGUACACCUAAGGAAAUCAAGCCGGAAAAAAGAUCAUCAGUGUCUUCUCAAGGAACAAUUGGCGCGGAAAAAACAAAGGCUAAAAAGAAAAACAAGGAUGAAGCCGUGUCAUCAAUGUUCAAAAGACCUGACCAGUUCUCUGAAAAUGGUGAGGCCUCUGGAAAUAACAGUGACAGCACGAUGGCUUCUGGUCGGCCAGAUUUUGAAAGAGGACAUGCAAGAGCCAGUUAUCGUGAAUAUAAGAAGACGUACAAGGAGAUAAUUGAUCGCUUGAAGAUGAUGAGAACAGAUUCUCAUCGCCCUGAUUUCCGCCCAGCUUCGAAACUUGCAAAUCCACUUUUGGCCGCUGCCGGACUAUCACGUCUUCAUCCAGCAAUUCGUCGAGAGUCUGCCGGAGGACGCAACGAUGGGAGAACUUCGGUUCCUCUUCAUCACAGCCAUAGUUUUACGGAGCAUAUGUAUCACGAUCAGAAUGGUGGUCGCAGGAGUCGUGUGAGCCGACUUGAUCCAAAUGCCCGCCCUUCAUCUAGACAGGCAACUGGAUAUCAAACAGCAAAUCAAAGCUACAAUCACUAUGACCAACAUAAUCACAGUUAUCAGCAUCAGCAAAUGCAGCACCGAGGCCGUCACAGUGCAUUGGGAGUUCCAUUUGAUGCGAGACGAACGCCAUCUUCGUAUAUUAGAACGUUUUCUGGAGAAUAUGGACAAGAACCACAAGAGACCUCAAGCAUAUCAGAAAACGAGGAUGAUGGAGAUAAUGUGGAAAGUGAUGAUGAGCUUCGAGGUUUCAACAUGGAACGACAACACGAGCGACGAGGAUACAACAAUGCUCAGUAUCAAGAAGUGCAAUGCCCAAUUGAAGAAGAUGGCAGCGCUCUGUACUAUUGUGGAGUUGUUCACGUCAACAUGGAUAUAUGGCGUCGAAUCACACAGAGCUAUCAGAUCCCAGCAGAGUUUAAUGAGCUGAAGCCAAUUGAGAAGGCCGCGUACAUUUUCUACGCAGUUAUUCACAAACAGCCGUGUAGAAAUUUGGAUACUUUCCGCAAACAGUUCAAUUUCUAUUUCUAUAAGUACGGAAUGGAAGGAGACUCUGACGAUGAUGCACUUUUUAAGGUGUGCCGAACAAUGCAAAAUCACUACAUUGAACGACAAAGAGAAAAAGAACGUGCCAAUCAAAACAUGAUGUCAACUUUGUUCAGCGAUGAUACCAGCAUCGAUGGUGGUAACGUCUAUUCUCUGCCAAAUCUCAGUACCGUCGAACCACCGAAAAGUAUCAUUGCCAAGAGACAAAGCGAUAUGAACAGUGUCUGCGAAGAAUCUCUCAAUGCUUACGACAUUUAUAACAAUGGACCUCUCAAAUUUACAUGCCCCCACAGUUUCAUGAACAUCUCAACUGGAGGACAAAUUAUUUCAAUACGCCCUGAUCAGUCGAUUUCUGCUGUUGUUUUUGAUGAUAUCAAAUCUGUUCUGAAAGAUGUCCCAACUUUGCAAGUCAAAGAUGCUGCGAUGACAUUCAAAGGGCCACUUAUUCCACAUCAAUCGGCUCCACACACUGUCCGCCUUUACAUCACUAAACAAAUUGAGAACAUUAAAAAUUCCGCAGUCGCAAUUGAAAAUCCGGAGGCAAAUGAUGUAGUGGAGUCAUUGCUCAUUUGGCAACUUCUCGAAACUAUGGUUAAGCAACAAGGAAACAUCACUGGGCCAGAUAUUGCGGAACUUCUUGCGAAAGUAGCCAGUCAACCUGUACAAAUUGAAGCUCCACCACAACAAGCAAACAUCGCCCCUGCUCUAACUCAGUUUACGAAGUUCCUUCUUGGAGGACAUAUUGAUGAAGCGGUUGAAAGUGCUCUUCGCAAUGGGCUAUUUGCUGAUGCCCUUGUUUUGACUCGACGUCUUUUCCCGAACGAUGAGCGCAGAAUCGAGCAGAUUGAGAGCAGAUUUUUGCAGACAAGAUCGAUGAGCAACCCGGUUACAACGCUAGUGUCCGUCGCUAAAGGAGAAUCCCCACCAGUUUUGACAAAUCCGCCACUUGACGAUCAUCUCAGCUGGGGAACACAUGCUGCCAUAAUCUUGGCAAACUUGGAUCAACGUGGACCAGCAAUGAACACUAUUUACCAACUGGGCCGAGCACUUGCUAAGAGAGAUUAUCACAGUGCUGCUGAUUUUUGUUUCCUUGUUUGUGGAGUCUUGGGAGGUACAAAUCCGUUCGAACCAAUCGCAACACCGGAAGGCGAGGAAGAUUACCGACGCCACAUUUCACUCGUUAACUCUGAUAUUCCCGAUAACGAGUCUAAUCCAAAAUGUCAGUACGGAUUCUUGCUCACAGAUCUUCACGCCACAGAAAUUUUCGACUAUGCGUUGCGAUUAAAAGCCGAUCGCGAAUCACCAUUGACAAAGUCUGUGGAGUAUCAGACUGCACGCAUCAAAUAUGCUAAGCUCCUGGCUAAUCAUGGAUUCAACACUGACGCCUACAGAUACUGCACAGAAGUUGCUCGAGCCAUCUGGAACAAUUUGUAUCUGUUUAAAGCAGACGACCUUUUGGAAUUGUGUGAUUUGGCUGAAUCAUUGCAAUAUGCAGCUUCAGUUAAUCCAUCCGAAUCGCAAUGGAUUCAUGACUUGAGAACCACUGUUCAAGCUGGUUUUGUCUAUACGCCUCAACCAACACAAACUGUAAAACACUUGGAAAAUAAGCCAGUUCCCAGUGUUCACCAAGGUUAUGACCUGCAAAGCAAUGCACAAGACGAUCCAGAAGUUCCAAGAGAGCCAGUCCAACACGUUCCAAUCACACAAAAUGUUAUCGAUCCCGUUCCGACUCACUCGGCGUUCACUCCAACUAUUCAACCAAAGGACCCGGAGCUCUCACAUCCACCCCAAAACCAAGUUUAUCGUGAAGAACCUCCUCACAUCCCGCCAACGCCAACGCCAUCAGUUCAUCAAGAGCAACACUAUCAGCAGUUUGACCAAUCGUUCUCACAAAGCCUGACUCAACAGGCCCAAGAAGAUGGAUUCAUGACACCCCCGGAUUACAGCGAUGGACCUCUCACAAUGGCAUCAUCACCCCCCACACUGCCACCUGUGCAAUCUGUUCCAGUAUCGUCUAAGCCUGCGCCUCCAUCGGCUGAAAAUCAGGCUCAGAAUUCUACGUCUCCCCAGCAACCAACACAAGAACAAGGACAAGAAACCCAAGAUAGAAAUCCGGAUCAAGGGGGAUGGCUGAAAUCAAUUCAAAGCACCGUUCAAAACACCGUUCAAAAAGCGACCGGGAGGAAUCCAAUGAAUCUUCCAGAAGACCGAAAUCCGUCAAUUGUGUGGGAUAGUACUCAAAACAAAUAUGUCGGAGCUGGAGUAGAGCAAGAACCAGUUGCUCCGCCUCCACCAAUGGCCCAGGCUGGACCUGCUCCGCCAGUGGGGGGAGGUGGAUUAAGAGCUGCUAGAGGUGCUUCUCGCUAUGCCAGAGUUGGAGGCACAUCGUCGUCUGCUUCGCAAGCUCCCGCUGGAAUGAUGGCUCCGGCACCACCAACAGCGAAUUUUGGAUUCAUUCCUGCUCCAGUUGACAAUGAUAAUGAUUCCGUUGAUCCAUUCAGUGGUCAAGCCAACCCAACUAUAAUGCAGUCUGCUCCAAUGUCGUCUGAUGAAUAAUAGUAAACAAUUUUGUUGUUUUAAGAUGUUUACACCAAAUGCUCCAUUUCCGGCCUUGUGAUAGUGUCACUUUUACUUUGUUUCCCUUUGAUUUUCAUCAAAUUUUAUUUUUUUGAGACCUUUACUGCUAUUGGGAUGGGUUUGUUUUUUAACGAUCAAUUUUUCAACGCCAACAUGUAUUGUUUCAUCAUUGAUAAUUAUUCUAUUCGUGAUGGGUUUUCCUCGAAUUUCUAUUAUUUAUCUUUUGGUGGAGGAUACGGAAGUGUAGAUUACUUUCUAAGUCAACCCUAUAUUGUUGUGAGUACACACACCUACGCCAGAUUUGUUUUAUAUUUAUUUUCUUUUCAAAAACGGUUUCUUUGGUGUAGUCAGUAGUAAAUGAAAUAUCUAUUUUUGCAAAUC